AUGCCGCAGCUGAAGGAUAAUCAUGAGGUAAUCGUCGUGUCUACCAGCUUCUUCUCGCCUCCAUCGAGAAGCAAUCCUAUAAUCUAUAUGAGGCGUCCUAUCCUUCUCCUCUCAAUUCUCAUCGCAUUUUUCGCAAUCAUCCUCACAUACUACAAGCCUGACAUUCUUCAGAUCUUGACCACAUACACAGGCACCACCAUCCUCACCCUAACAACCCACCUCACAAGCCUAACCACCAACCCCAACAUCACCACCCCAUCACACAUGAACACCGCCAAAACAACCAUGUCUCGCACCCUCCACCACGCCAAAAUCACCCCCCAUCUCUCCUCCACCCGCGGCCACUCGGACCACGGCUGGCUAAACACCUACCACUCCUUCUCCUUUGCAAACUGGUACCACCCCUCCUACACCAGCUUCGGCUCCCUCCGCGUCCUCAACGAAGACCGCGUAAAGCCCCAAUCCGGCUUCCCAACCCACCCCCACCGCGACUUUGAAAUCUUCUCCUACAUCCUCUCCGGCGAGCUCACCCACCGCGACUCCAUGCUCACCAAAGGCGCCGAGGGUGACAAUGUCUCCCCCGAUCAGUUCUACCGCAUGAAGCGCGGUGACAUCCAGUUCACCACCGGCGGAACGGGGAUCGCUCACUCAGAGUUCAACGAGCACAGGAGGGAUACUGUCCACUUCUUGCAGAUUUGGGCUUUGCCUUGGAAGAGAGGGCUGAAGCCGAGGUAUCAUACCAGGCGUUUUAGUGAGGAGGAUAAGAGGAAAGGGUUUGUGACGAUUUUAAGUCCGCUGAAGGGGGGUGUGGACGCUACUGCUGAGCAAGAGGCCAAGGCGGAGGCGGUGGUCGAAGGGACAAUUCCUAUUCAUGCUGACUUCUUGAUGGGGGCGGGGAUUAUCACUGGUGGUGACAAGUUUGAAUGGAUUGUGGGAGGAAGAGGGAAUGUGACGGAGCAGAACAAGAGGAAGGUGUUUGUUCACUUGCCCAUGACCAAGGGAGGGAAGGCGAGUAUCAGGUUGGAUGGGAGAGACGAUGCUGUAUUGAAGGAGGGAGAUGGAGCGUUCAUCGAAGGAGUGAACAAGGGAGAUAAGCUCUGGGUGGAAAGUGUUGGCGAAGUCGAGGCUGAGAUUGUGGUUUUGGAUACCGCGUAG